AUGGAUCCAAGUGUGAUCCAAGAAUAUGCCACUUCUGCAAAUAGGCGGAUCUGGUGUAUCAUGAGCCAGGGUACGGUGGUUACUGAUCAGCAUGAAGCGCAGCAGUCCACAGGUACUCUAAAUUGGUUAUACUUACCUCGUUACAUUUGCCCAUCCCAGGUGUACACAGAGUGUACGAUUGGCUCGUUCAUUGGGAAACGUACUAAAGAGUCUUCGGAUUUUGACCCUCUUCCUGAUCGAAACGACGAGCAAACUGCAAAUGGCAUGGCUGGUAAUAGACCUAGUCGUGGCUAUGAUGCCUGUACUCAGAAUGAUGACGUUCGCUCUGAAAACCGCUCGAUUUAUUUAAGCGACCAUAUGUCACCCAACAACGAUACUGGGCAGCAGAGGACCACGAAUGGUGCCAAUACUGAAUCAAUUGAAAGUGGCCGACAGUCUAGCUGA